CUGCUGCAGAAAUGCAGGAUGCGAAGGGAAUGGGGAAAUGCAUCCCUUGCUUGACUGUGUGAUUACUCUAGGCUUAGUAACACUCAUGGCUGAUGGAGAUCUCUUACAGCAAGAGCUGAUGGGAUGAGAGGGAAGAUCCCUUUCCACUUAUUCCCAUUAUCCUUGGUAUCCCACUGCCAGCCAUGGUGCUGGGUUUGCUUUAGCAGAGAACAGAUUUCAGGGUGCUGCAUCCAGAGCUUGUGGUUAUCACCUCCAGCUCGGCCUUGGUUUGAACCAGUGAGGAGAGGCUCUCAAUUAGUUGGGUUUGCCUGGAACUUAAUUCCUUGAUGUUGGAUUUUGUGAUUGUUGGUUUGGUUUUGUUUUUUAAAGAUGAGGAGACUGUAAGACUGCUCCAGAAAAGGGUCUUUACUUGCCUUGUUUGAUAACCUUGCUGCAAUCAGGUUGUGUGACCAGGAGUGAAAAGGGAGCCUAGGAACAGCUUAUUUCCCUGUGGGACACCAGUCUUUCACUUUGACUGAUGUUCCCAUUGUAGCUCUGCUCCAGGGGCUCCUCUGCAAUCUCUGCUCGGAAGGAUCAGUCUCCUCCUUUGGCCACCAUUUCCUGCAGUUAAGGCUCUGGCCAGUGUUUUCUGCCUGGGGGACCCACAGAGUCGUAGGACUUGUGGAAGGAGCAGAGAUAACAGGCACCUAUCUGUUCUUCUCUUCCAUGCCUUUGGGAUGUCCGGGUGUCCCUGGGUAGAACUCCUCUCCGGAUGAGAUAGCGGAGGUGUCACUUGGGGGGCACUCAGGGCAGAAAACAAUAGCAGGUCGAGUCCAAAAAACAACAUUGACCAGUGAGUCCAUCUCUGCUGUCAGCCAGGGGCAGAGCUGCUCUGGGGAGGUCAAGGCUGGAGCUGUACCCCACAUCCCUUCGGCUUCUUCCUCUGAUAAACUUCCAGGAGAGCGACCACACUUGCUCUUCUGGAGCCUUGGAGUCGGGAGCUCCACUGAGGGAAGGCUGCAAGAGCCACAGCGUGUGUGAGGGCUUUCAAGCCUCUGUUCCUUGAGCAGUGACUGCUCCUUGGCUGAGUGGGAUGUUCCAGUACUUGUUUUUCUGCAUCUGCUUUGUCAUCCAGCUCCAGCCAGUGUCUUCGAUGGCCCUGGACCCCUGCUCUGCCUACAUCAGCCUCAACGAGCCCUGGAGGAACACGGAUCACCACAUCAACGGCUCGCAGGGGCAGCCGACGUGCGACAGCCAGAUCGCCGGGGAGUGGUACCGCUUCACGGGCAUGGCAGGUGAUGCCAUGCCCACCUUCUGCAUCCCCGAGAACCACUGCGGCACCCACGCUCCCAUCUGGAUGAACGGCAGCCACCCUCGGGAGCGGGACGGCAUCGUGCCCCGCCAGGCCUGCGCCAGCUUCAACGGCAACUGCUGCCUCUGGAACACCACCAUCCACGUCAAGGCCUGCCCGGGCGGCUACUACGUGUACCACCUCUCCAAGCCCAGCGUGUGCUUCCACGCCUACUGCGGCCAUUUUUAUGACAUCUGUGAUGUGGUGGAUUGCCAGGGCCCCUGCCUGGACACCAGUGACUGCACCUGUUCCCCAGGGACAACACUAGGACCUGAUGGACAGACAUGCCUUGAUGAAAAUGAGUGUGAGCAGAACAACGGCGGUUGCAGCGAGUUCUGUGUGAACCUGAAGAGCUCCUACCGCUGCGAGUGUGGGGUCGGGCGCACGCUGGGCAGCGACGGCAGAACCUGUGAAGAAAUCGAAGGCUGUCACAACAACAACGGAGGCUGCAGCCAUACCUGCAUUGAAGUGGAAGACACCUACCAGUGUGAAUGUCCAAGGGGACUUGUUCUAUCAGAAGACAACCACACUUGCCAAGUUCCAGUGCUGUGCAAGUCGAGUUCUAUCGAGGUGAACAUCCCAAAGGACCUGGUUGGAGGCCUGGACCUUUCCCUCAUCAACACUUCGUGCAAAGGCGUCUCCAACGGCACUCACGUCAACAUCCACUUCUCCCUGAAGUCCUGUGGAACUGUUGUAGAUGUGAUAGAUGACAAGAUCAUUGCCACCAACCUGGUGACUGGCUUGCCCAAGCAGACCCCGGGCAGCAACGGGGACAUCAUCGUGCGCACCAGCAAGCUGCUGAUCCCCGUGACCUGCGAGUUCCCGCGCCGCUACACCAUCUCUGAGGCAUACGUGCCCAACCUCAAGAACUCGCCCCUGGAAAUCAUGAGCCGCAACCAGGGCAUCUUCCCCUUCACCCUGGAGAUCUUCAAAGACAAAGACUUCGAUGAACCCUACAGGGGGGCUCCUCCCACCCUCAGGCUUCGGGACUCGCUGUACUUUGGGAUUGAGCCCUUGGUGCACGUCAGUGGACUGGAGACACUUGUAGAGAGCUGCUUCGCCACUCCCACCUCCAAAAUCGAUGAGAUCCUCAAGUACUACCUGAUUCAAGAUGGCUGCGUGUCCGAUGACUCCGUGAAGCAGUACACGUCAAAGGACCAUCUUGCCAAGCAUUUCCAGGUUCCUGUGUUCAAGUUUGUGGGCAAAGACAACAGGGAGGUGUUCCUGCACUGCCGCAUCCUGGUGUGCGGGGCCCUGGACGAGACCUCGCGCUGUGCCCAGGGCUGCCGGAGACGCGCGCGCAGGGCGGCCCAGGAGGAGGAGGAGGAGAAGGGACCUGUUCCUGUGGCAAACCACGUCCUGACAGGUGGCCCCAUCAGAAUCGACUUUGACGACUGACACCCACCCUCUGGAACAGCAUCUCCGCCUGAGACCGACCUUCCUUAUCAGUGCCUUCCUUAUCAGUGCCUUCUGCCAGGGCUGUUUGAGAAACAAGAGGUAUUUGGCAAAGCCCCACUUGCACCUCAGGACUCAUUUCCCUAACCCUACGAUGAUUAUUUGUGAGUGUUUUGGACACCUGGACUGCAGAAUGGUUUGGUUUUACCUGCAUUUCUUCCCAGCAACCCUUUGGCUGGAGGGACCCUGUUGCUUUGCAGGCCUGAAGCGUUUCCCAGCUUUGUCUUUCCCUACAUCCACCUACAGGCUCCAGGACUGUUUGUCCUUGGCUAAACAAAUGUUAUCCAAGGCCUUCUUGCAUCAGACAGUACAAAUAGUGUCGUAGCUGAACAUGUUUGCUGUGCAGUUCUGUGAGCGAUGCUGAAGCUUCUGGGCGACUGUUAAUAAAAACAAGUAUAAAAUAUUCUAUCUCAUCAUUUGUAAAUUCCCUGGAGCUGUACAAUUGUCAUUACAGGCAGCUAAAGCUCAGCUCUAUCACAGGCACAUUUAAAUGUUAUUUUAAAGAGUGAAAGGUAUUUAAUAAGGUUUGAUUUUUUAGUGUCUUUUGAUAAUUGCAUGCAGUUUAAUAGUGUUUCCACCUAUAUUUAGUGUAUCAUUAUUUUUCUCCCUCUUCUCCCACCACCAAAAAUGCCUUUGCUAAGUGCUCUGGCACCUUGAUUGUAAGAGAAGCACCAUUAAACAUCUAUUAACACCCCC